AAAUAAUGGACAUGAAUACAGGGAUAAUUUUUAUAUUCCUAGUCAGGUUUAGUACAAAUAUAUAUUCAUAAUGGCACUUUUUUUAAGACCCUGCGUUGAACCACAUUUAUUGAUUGUCAGGAACAUUUCGUGAAGAUGUGUUUAACCAAGUGUCCCUGACACUUGUAAUGAUUGACAGAUGAAAUAACUGACCAUUUGAUUGUCAUCAUGCCGCGAUAAGUCCGAUAGAAUUGUUAAAAUACCUGUGAGUUAAAAGGACAAGCAUUUCACUGUUGUUACUCAGUGACCAGUGUCAAGUGGAAUUAGCAUGAUUAUGUAUGUAAUGUAGGGUUUAAUGAUCAAGAUUUAUUUGUAUACCCUGGCAUGUACGUUUUAUCAAUAUAAUUAAUAUACAGUGUCUGAGGGAUGUUGAAAGUUUACCAUUGUUCAAAGACUGGCCAUCUAUAACCAUGCUGCAGUAAAGCUGAAUGGAGUUAUCCCAGGGGGUUUGAAGUGGAUCACAGAGAAGGUAUAAAAUAUGGCCUUACUAUCACAAGUCAAGAUGGAAAAGACCAACAAUCAAGAAAUUCUGAAAAUAAUCUACAGAGGUAAAUAUUUUUGAUGACACAGCCACCACCAAAGUGUUGAAUCGGUGAAAGAAAAAUGAGAUUUACAAAUUUCCGAUGGAAAUUACUUGGACUGCUCGUUGGUGUGAUUUUUGUGUGGAGUUUGUCAAGUUCCAAAGGAAAUCAAAAUGAAUUCUCUGAAGAAUUUGAGUUUCCAAGGUCUGUGUGCAAUGAUAGUGAGGAUAAUAUAUAUGUCAAUCAUUUUUAUCUCCAUAACAACCCAAAGAACCGAAACCACUCAUAUUCUUUGAGGGCACAAAACCCCUUCAGUAUUCAAAACCCUGGAUUGUGUUUUGAAGAACACUCACUGGAUUUUCUUAUUCUAAUCAACACAGAACCUAAUCACUUUCUUCGAAGAAAAGUCAUUCGUGCUACGUGGGGAAAUGUGAAUUUACCUCAGUAUCAAAAAUUUGGAAAUUUCAAGAUUCUCUUCAUUGUAGGCCAUUCAACCUCUAAAAAAAUUCAAAAAGCCAUUGAAAAAGAGGCAGCACAGUAUGGUGAUAUUUUACAGGGAAGGUUCUCAGAGGCACCGAACAAUCUCCCACAAAAAGCUCUGAUGGCCUUGAGAUGGACAGCCGAAUAUUGCCUCAAGGCCAAAAUGAUCAUCCGCAUCCAGGACACUGUGCUUCUAAACAUGUUCGAAAUAUUACGAGAAUACAAACCCAAAUAUUCCUGUACCAAAAAUUUAUUAAUGUGUAAAUUCAUCAAAGAGAGGAUAAAAUUCAUGGAUUAUGAAAAACUAAAAAGGAUGAAACUGACUCCCACCAUUAUCCACUGUGUUGGGAAAGCUGUGAUAAUGACUCGAGAUAUGCUUAUCUCCCUUUACCAUGCCGCCCCACAUAUGACCCCCUACUGGUCAGAUGACAUGUAUAUAUAUGGAAUGUUGCCGGCUCAGAUUCGGCAGAAAACUCUCAAACCUUUGCGACUUUAUGAAGGAAAUUCUGAUCAAGCAAUAGACUGCUAUGAAACAAAUCUACACAACUGUGGAUUAGUUGCUAUUGAUACCCAAACAAGAAGCCAUCACAAUAUUAUAUGGUCUCAUAUCAAACAUUACUUUGCAUAAUGUUGGCAUUUAAUAGAAAUGGUGAUAUUUCGUUUUAUUGACUUCCGCAUACUUUUAUGGCCCUUUAUUACCAGGCUUUUCUCAUAUUUCUGUUCCACUCCUUAGAUGGCAAUCAAACCAGUCUAAAUGAUAAAUUUUUAUCACCUCAAUUUUGUUAUUAAAAUACCUAAAUCAAGCAUUUAUAUUUCCAAUACAGGGGCAUCAUUAACUGCUGAAUUGGGCAAUGAACUUAAUUUUCUUUUUUAUCUGUGACAUAAAACUUGUUCAAACAUUUAUCAACACCAGUGUACCUGCAUUUUUUUAAAUGCAACAUUUGUGUUCCAUUUUAACUUUACUGCUGUGCAGAAACUAAAAUUUGAAUAAAAAUUAAGACUGAAACUUGUGAACAUUAUAAUUUACACCAAUUUCAAAAUUUCUAAUGGAGAGAU